AUGUAUCGUCAACUUUUUCACAAUCUAACUUCACUGGCUAAGAAAACAACAUCUAUCUCAUUACAGCAUCUUGCAUCUUUAACAACUAGUCAAUCUUUCCUGCCAGCAGUAACGAAACCAGCGCCUCAAUUUAAAGGUCAAGCGGUCAUUAACGGACAUUUUAGAGAUAUUCAAUUAUCGGAUUAUAAAGGAAAAUAUGUCGUGCUGUUUUUCUACCCACUAGAUUUUACAUUUGUUUGUCCCACAGAACUUGUUGCAUUCAAUGAGCGUCUCGAUGAAUUCCAUCAAUUGAACACACAAGUUAUCGGUUGUAGUACUGAUUCAGUACAUAGUCAUUUGGCUUGGAUAAAUACCCCGAGAAAACAGGGUGGCCUUGGUGAACUCAAAUAUCCACUCUUGAGUGAUUUUUCCAAAGAAAUAUCGCAAAAAUAUGGUGUUUUGAUCGAAGAUAAUGGCGGAAUUGCUUUGCGUGGUUUAUUUAUUAUUGAUAAACAACAAAUAUUACGACAAAUAACAGUGAAUGAUCUACCGGUCGGUCGAUCGGUCGACGAAACCCUCCGUCUCGUAAGAGCUUUUCAAUAUGUUGAACAGCAUGGUGAAGUGUGCCCUGCGGAUUGGAAUGAGAAAACCAAUCCGAACACGAUAAAACCAGAUCCAGUGAAAUCAAGAGAGUAUUUCCGAAAACAAGAUUAG